AUGCCAAAUACGAGUCAGGAUGACUUGAAUGAAUACGAACAUUAUCGAAAAAUCCAGCAGUUGUACAAAGUUGUUGCUGAAAGGCUGGUAAGUCUUGUAUCUGAAAUGUUGGACGAUUGUGUGACUCUCUUAGGCUCAUCACCAUGCCAUUAUGCUGCGAUAGCAUUAGGUUCUCUGGCCAGACUGGAGGCGACACCGUUUUCAGACCUCGAAUGGGCCAUUCUGAUCGAAAACGAGGACGAAAAACACAAGGUCUACUUUCGGAAACUGACACAGCUCGUUCAUUUGAUGGUGAUAAGCUUUGGCGAGACAAUCGUACUGAGCAUGGGUAUACAUUGCUUGAGGUCUUGGUUUUAUGAUGACGUCACGCCACGUGGCUUUGCCUUCGACGGGGCCUUACCACAAGCUUGUAAGACACCUCUGGGUAAACGAGAGAAAGACGGAACUAUAGUGUACGAGCUCAUCGGCAUUCCUGAGGAAAUCUCGAAAUUCCAACGAUUGGAGUGGGUCAAAGUGAAUCCUCAACUUGCGGGGGUACUGCGAACAGUUCUCGUUAUCACUCGUGGCGAGAAGGCCGUGGAACUCGCACGAGAUUACAAACUGUGUUUGAACGAGGAGCUGGAUAGAUUAGUCGCGCAAGAAGGAGAUAUUCUGUCCAGAGAGAGAAAGAUGAGAGAAACUUUAGCGCUUUUGGAAUUGGCCAGAGAUUUCGAUGUAUUCAACCCACGCCUUGGUCAAGAGGAUCAAGCGGGGAGGUUUUUCGAGGUUAAGAAAGAGAUUUAUCGCUUAAUGGACAGACUGGUGGCCAGUGUUGGUCUGUACUUCAACGCAUGCGCACAAAGCGCCUGGGAAUGCCUCGAGUGGUUACAUAAGGAGAACUUUCUCAGCGAAAGGGGCAUGCGGAACCUGUUUGUUGCCUUCAGCAUCGGAGCCGAGCUGCGAGCCAGGGCCUAUACAGAAGGAGGAAGACAAGAUGAUUAUCUGGAUUGUCAGGCAUUCGGUGACGUUUGUGAGUUUGGCUUGGAUGCUGAGGUUCACGCAUUGGGUUUGCCACCUGUGCAGACGUUAUACAGGUACUACCUUACCGUGCUUCCGUUUUUGUCCCACACGUGGCUAAGUGCGUUGGGCGCACCUAAUACGAGUUUAGACCAUAUGAGAGACGAGGAUUUCUAUAGUGAUUUACCUAAAUAUCGCGCUCUGAUUAGUAUGCGGCUCAGGCAGCACAAGAAGGCAAAAAUCGAGCUACAGAAGCAUCUCAUGGCUUAUCCCGAAGAUCAGGAAUGCCUUACGGGUCUUGGUAAUGUGUUGAAGAUUUUCCAGAAAUUUCAAGAGGCUUUUUUGUGCCACUACAGGGCGCUUCAUUAUCUGUUAUGCUCCGGUGAUUAUGUCUGCAACGGUAAACAGCUGCGUUCACUUGAUCAGGUAACCAGCUGGCGAGAAUUCGUCCAACCACUCAAGUCCAGCAUGAAUACAACCUUGGCGUUCCACUGUCUUCGAGUUCACUUAUAUAAUCUCGGGAUAUGCUACAGGAACAUGCAACAGUACCUCAAAGCCGCUGACUGCUUAGAGUGCUGCGUCGAGCUUUAUCGCGAAGGCUUGGGAACUCUUGAGGAUGUUCACGGUCUCGCACGAACCCUAAAUGUCCUGGCUUGUAUUUACAAAAACGAUGGCAGCGAUACAGACGUUGGUUGCUUGCAAGAGGCGCUUGAUCUCUAUGCUAACUCGGGAUCUUUCGUGACCAGUUCGGCUGAAGCAACAACCAAGUUCAACCUGGCAUCAUGGUAUCACAGCCGUGGCCAAUUUCACCGCGCAAAGACAAUCCUCGAAGAAACUGUCAACCAAUCCUCGUACGCGUAUGGCAAGAGCGAUAACCCCGAAACCCUUCGUGCAAAGUUCCUCCUUGGUGAAGUAUACAUUUGCCUACAAUGUUACCACGAAGCCGUUAAAAUUUUAACAAGCUGUAUAAAAUCAUUGGUCAAACCUUUCAAGCACGGUUGCUUGAUUAAACGAUGUGACGUCGAACCUUUUCUUAAAAUAGCUCUUACUGGCGUCGGGCUUCUGGAGUCAGAUUCAGUCGACGUUUCAAAAAUCGACCUUGCCGAAAUCUUGGAGAAUUCCCAAGAUAAAGAAGGUGUAGCCGUGCCGAUGUUGUUUUUGGCUGACUUCUGCCUGCGUUUACAAAAACCCAAUCCCGCAUUUGCGCUCGCUGAGAAAUGCUUGAGCGUUCUACGAGAGCUUUAUGGUGAAACGGCGAAUCACACUAACUUGACGACAAACUUGGGCAUUCUCGGUAGGUCGUGUUUUGCGUCAGGAAAGCCAGACAUGGCGGUAGUUUUUUUUACGCAAGCGCUAGAAAACCACCACGAAGUUUGCAAGAAAAAAGGGGAAGGAACUGACGCAGACAGAAGUGUCGAAAUCGGUUUGCUAACCUCCUUGGGAAAUGUUUACAAGGCACAAGAGUCGGUUCAGGAAGCGCUUCAAUGCUAUCAGAGGUGUUUGGAGAUACAGGGCCCUAUUGCAGAUGAUAAGAGUGUGGUUCUGACACUAUCUAACCUUGGAAACACGUACUGUUUACUGGGUAUUCUAAGCAAAGGCAUUCUAUUUCUCGAAAUGGCUUAUGAUGGUGUGAAGAAGAUUCUUAGAGAAAACGAACCACAGACGGUGGUAAAUGCUAGCGUUCUGUCGAACCUGACCCGUUCGUUGUGCACGGCAUUAAUGCAGGGUGGGCAAUACGACAAAAUAAAAGAGAUCACCGAUGAAUCGGAUCGACUCAUGAAAUUGGUACCAAAAACGAAACCAUUACGAAUUAAACAAUAG